ACAGCUGCUGCAGACAGGCGUUUCCCUGAUUGUGGAGGAUGCAAAGGGCUCAAGCGAUGGAAGUGGAAGUGGGAGUGGAAUUGGAAUUGGUGCCUCCUCCAGUCGUCGACGUACCGCUCAGUUGGCCACUCGCAAGCGGAAGCGACGCCCCCAACUGCCGCUGGCCACGAUGGGCGCCACGGACGAGGACUCUGGCCCAGAGCCGACAUCUGCGUACUGGCGCGGUCAUGUGGAGGACGAUGCAGAUGCGCUGCGCAGGAGGAACCAACCGCUGGUGAGGGAGCCCAUGGCUGCGCUCGAAAGGGAUCGCGAACGGGAGAAGCAGCGCAAGCGGGUGGAGCCCACGGAUGCCAGUCCGCAGGGCAGUAAUCCCAGCAAGGCCUAUCGUCGCCCCUAUGGCCAGGCCAAAAAGGAGCCCAUGGUCGAUGGUGGCGCUGUGGCACCCAGCAAGACAGCCGUGGAUUUGAAGAACAUCCUGAAGAACUCCGGUGGCCUGAGUCUCAGUGAAAUCCUGCAGCAGAAGAAUCUGUCGUUGGAUGAUCUGCUCAAGGGUAAACAGAAUGCGCUGUUGGCGCUGCAAACCACAGCCGUUGCCCCACCAGCCCCACCCACGUAUUCCUCUGCCGGCUCCCGAGCGGAUCAGCCGAAAAAGUCGUCGAACCAACAGAAUAAACAGGGUGUGAGGCGACUGCCGGCUGCGUAUACCACCACUAGCAGCACUGGCAACGAUGAGGAUGAGUCCGUGGUAGCCAAAAACAAGGCCAAGUUCCCCAGCGCCCUGCAGCGCCUAAAGCUCUUUGGCAGCUCUUCGCGGGAGAGCAGCACCACAAGACGCAUCUUGGGUGGCAUCAAUGGCCACAGUAGCACCACCAUGGCCACCAGCACCACUGCAAGUGCAAGCACGCCGAGCACCACCACCCGGCUGCCACUCUACAAGAAGCGGCAGCAUCUGCGGUCCACCCUAAAGCCACCGGGACUCUUCAAGACGAUCGCCAGCAGCAGCAGCACCACAGCAGCAGCCACGGCAGUGACCACCACUCAGGAAAUGGAGACUAGCACUAGCGCUUACUCCACCAGCACCACCGGGGUGGUGAACAACGUGGAGGACAGUCGGGACGAGGAGAGGGAGAACUCGGAGGAAAGGGAACGGCAAGAUGAGCAGGAUCAGGAGCAGAGUCAGGAGAACCAGGAGAAUCAAGAGAGCCAGGAGAACCAGGAGAAUCAGGAGAACCAGGAGAACCAGGAGGUAGUGGAACCCGAUUCCAGUGAGGCAGAGUCUGCAGAAGGCUUUGCGCCCACCGAGACACCAGAACCACCAGCAGCUCCCUCCGUGGCACCCGGAAAUCCCCGCUAUCGUCUGCGCAACUCGAGCAUCAAGGAGAACCAGAAGCGAUUGAAGGACAACUUUAUAGGCGGCGCCAACGGAGAGAGCAGUGAGGAGGUGGAUCUGGCUGAGGCUGCACCCAGUUCCACCACAUCCGCCACACCCUCCAAUAGGAACAGCGAAGAACUAACUUACGGCGAGGACGAGCUGGAGAACUUCUUCGACGAAGUGGAGAGUCACACGCACCACACUCGCGUGCCAGCACCACCAGCACUUGCACCUGCACCACCAGCAAGGCCACCCACUCCUGCAGCAGCAGCAGCACCACCUCCACCACCACCUCCCUCUCCCUCCUAUGAACCACCAGCACCACCGUCCUAUGCACCACCACCCUCUUUAUCGGCGGCCAAGCCAGCGCAAUUGAAUGUCAUAGACGAUGUGGACGAUCGCACCGAUCUGCUGGAGCUCAUCGAGGAUCGGCGGUCGGGCAACCGACUGUUUAAGGUACUGGAGCAGCGCAACAUGACCCUGGAGGAGCUGAUCGAGCACCGGAAGCGCGGCUCCAGCCAACUGCAUCUGGCCACCAUUGUGAACGGCGGCGACGAGCACUCCCGCCUUUAUCCCGGCCAGAAGGUCCUGCUGCAGGACAACAUGGACAUUGUGACGGCCUUCGAGAACUUUCCGCACUUCAAUCUAAUGGAUCUGAAGAGCGUGAAGCCCGAUGAGAUCAAGACGGACUCGCAGGGCUCCAGCUACUUCACCUCCAUCAUCGACAUCGAGCCGAAUGACGAGGUCAAGCCGAUGGGCAGUCGAGGUAUUACGGCUUCCAGGUUGCGCCAGCAGCGUCAGCGAAUGGCGGAGGCCAGGGGCGGGGCGGGAAGAGGGGGCGGGGACGGGAAAGGGGGCAGUGGCAGGAGGGGUGAGAGGUCGGGAUGA